CUGCACUCUUGGACAGUUUGGGAUAUCCUUGGUGGGAGGUCGGCCGAAAGAGGAUACGAUAAGUGUCAUGCUGUGGGAUUGCAUGCAGUAACGCCCGCAAGCGUGGCGAGGGAAAUGAUGGAGCGCGAGGCGAAGAAGAGAAGGAACGGGUCAAGGUCAAAGCUCUCAGAGAGGCUGGCCAACUCAACGGAUAUGAAACUCAGUUUCCCCCACGGCCGUCUGGAGGCUGACCAGGGAUCAAUGCGACGAGACAUCGCGCGAUGGAUUUGCACACGUUGACACCUGAACGGGGGAGGAAAAGCAGAACAUCACGGCCGACCCUCCCACAGAGGCUGCCCAGACGUGUGGAAGACCGCGGCUCUUUGGCCGAGGGACCUCCUGGCCUCGUCCCUUGGCGCGGCCCACAACACUGGAAGUACUUCCCUGCUUACUCAGAGGAGCUCCGUGCACGCGCAGGCCAUCCGUAUCAUGGCGGCCGUCCUGGACCAUCCCAUCAGCACACGAGACGCUGCUGGCAGACGGCUCGGCUCCUAAAGGGAGCGCGGCGAAGGACUCCAGCUGGGGCGUCGGAGGGGGCCCGCAAGAGCCCGAAGAGUGUGAGCUCGUCAUCGACGGCGCGCCGCGACAGGAGAGCUGCCACGGUCCGUGGCGAACUGGCGAGUGGAGAGACGACUAUUCGGGGAAGGUGCCAGCCCUGACCGGGGGCUCCCCACAGUGAAAUACUCCACGUCGGGGUCCAAACUCUGAUAUUCAUAAGGCUUCUCGGGUUUGUCUGGCUCGGGGCCAGAAGAAUCCAUACAAACAUCUGUACAUAGAAUAAGCGGCCAGAGCACAAAUCACACCAAAUUCCACCAUUGCCACAUACUUCCAGUGCUGGUCGCACUCCGGCGGGUCCCUUGUAGCGCUCGCCACGCAAUCGCACGGCGUCACCGGCUCCUGCGGCAGCGGGCAUCGGUCGUCGAACAGGAACUUCCAGUCGCCCUCGGAGACGGGGAGUGCGAUGAGAUCCCCGCUGCCGUCGAGCAGCGUGAACCAAUAAAUGAUUCGAACUCCCAAAACGCAGCAGCUCCAUCGAAUCAUACGAGCCGAGGAAUUGAUCCUCGACGCACAGGGAAAGCUCCUGCAGCAAUGUAUCUGCGGAAUCUCCUUGGCCCUCUGGCACCUUCUCGCCGACCUGUACGACUAUGGACUCCUCUGUCUGAUUUGGAAUGAGUGUAUAGCACAUCCACACCACAGAAGUAUUCACCAAACCUUCCCACUUGCUGUGCGUCUCGAAUGGCAUGCCUGUCGGGUUUUCAGCGACGGCCCGACUGAAAUUCCGCAAGUGCAAAUAACAACCCUUGUUGGGUGAAUUCGCUGGCGAAGCGAAUCCGGAGCACCGUGGCCCUCCGCUUGCGAGUUCGAUCACGCACUUUUUGAAACAGUCGUGCUUAUCGUAAUCCUCAAACCAAUACCUGCCGUCGUCCAUAUUCAAGGGAUGCGUGCCGUCCUCACUGCAAAAACUGGACUCACCCGAUCUCCAACCGACGGGAUGGACUGAUGCGAAACUUCCUGUGAAGUGCAAGUCGGCCGAGCCUUCUUCAUGCGUUGUGGUUGUCGUGGUCGUGGCCAUAUGUGGGCAACAAACGCCAUCGACUGCACCGGCCGCGCACAUCCAGUGCAAGAGUUUUGAAUCGUGUGUGGUGCUUUUUCGUAAUGCCACUGUCAUGCCAAUAACCCUGCCAUCUGAGCAUUGGUCAAACAUCAGACGGAGCUGAGGUGAGGGACCCGCUGAAUACACUGCAAUUGUAUUCAGGUCACACACGGUCUUGUUCACCUGCCCCUCCACUCGAAAGCUCACCGAGGGUGGAGGCGAUACCGCAGUAUGGUUUAAACUUACUUUCCAUGCUCCCAUGUGGGAGAACAGGUUCGAGGAGAUUUUGCCAGGACAUUCGAUUGCAUCUGGAAGGAAUCUUUCCAAGCUCGGAAGGAAGGGCUGGUACUCUCUGUCGAUCGAGCAGCUUUCCGAGCGCCACUGCUGGUACAAACUUUGGAAUGGCACAGGUGACGCCACUGUUGCAAUAUUUACUUCGAGCGCAUGGAUGCAUGCGUCUUCGAUACAACAGUACUCCAAGCGCGCCGCAUACCUCACCACGAGACAGACUCUUCCAUGGACUCCGAACGUGCAGUUAAUUUCAGCCUCGCAGACCCAGCGCUGUGCGGCCUGGAACGGCUUGAGACACCACAGCUGUACAGUACGGGGAACAAGCUCGAUGCUGAGAGACGCGUCGCUGGCCCAGCUCGUCCGCAACUCCAAGGCCACCUCUGAAGCCUACCCGCCGGGGCAUCGCCAGGAGCCUCGUCGGUGGCCGCCAGGGCCUCCAUGGUAGCCCGCGGGACACGUCGGGCCAAGACCACAUUCUAGUAGCGCGCCAAGGACGAAGCAGAAAGCGUCGACAUCCGACGCCAUGGUAAAAGAACGCUUUCGUGAAAAACCAAAGGAGAGAUUACGACACGAUCUCUC